AUCGUUCCUUGUUGCAAGCGUGAAGGGUCUUUGAGGGGAUCCGAACCUGGGCUCUCAUCACCAGCAGUCGAAAACUACUAUCUGUAGUACAGUACUGGCUUAUGUGAAAUAAUUCUGAAUUAUUUAAAUCAAAAAACGUCCAUUAAAACAACUGAAAUGUGUUAUUAUGCCGUUAUCUGCGCUGGGAAAACACAGCUUCACCAGCACCGUUUUAUUUGGCUGCCGAGACCUUUUGUUUUGACACGUCGUGCGCCACAUAUGUAUUUGUAAAGCCGGCCCGCUUGCAUUUCAAUUUUGAGAACAGGCCGGUGCUGAAUUUUUACAUAAAAAGUAAUCAAAUAUCAUCAAGAUGAAGGUCAUAUGCUGCUUAGCUUUGCUAUUCGCAGCUGCAUAUGCCAACAAAAACACCCUUGUGUUACUGGAUAGUCUCACUGCGAAGGAAACUCAUUCUAUUUUCUUCAAAUCUCUGAGUGAGCGUGGAUACAAGUUGACUUUCAAGACCGCCGACGACCCCUCUCUGAGCCUGUCCAAGUACGAUGAGUACCUGUACCAGAACCUGGUGAUCUUCUCGCCGUCGGUGGAGGAGUUCGGCGGAUCGCUCAGCGCGGAGGCCGUCAUCAACUUCGUGGAUCGCGGAGGUAACCUGCUGGUGGCCGGCAGCGCCAACUCUGCCGACGUUCUGCGUGAGAUCGCCUCUGAGGUGGGCUUCGAGCUGGACGAGGAGGGCGCCAGCGUCAUCGACCACCUCAACUACGACGUUAAGGACGAGGGUCAGCACACGCUGGUGGUGGCCGAGCCGGAGAACCUGGUGAAGGCGGUGCCGAUCGUCGGCAAGCCGGGCACCGCGCCGCUGCUGUACCAGGGCACCGGCAUCCUGACCGAUCGCGAGAACCCGCUGGUGAUCGAGGUGCUGACCGCCUCCAGCUCGGCCUAUAGCUACAACCCCGACAGCCACGUCACAGAGUUCCCGCACGCGGUCGGCAAGUCGACGGUGCUGAUUGCCGCGCUGCAGGCCCGCAACAACGCCCGCGUCGUGUUCUCCGGCUCCCUCGACUUCUUCUCCGACAAGUUCUUCACCUCUGCCGUCCACAAGGCCGGCGGUCGCCAGUUCCUCAAAUCUGGAAACGAGGCGCUGGCUACGGCGCUCUCCAAGUGGGUGUUCCAUGAGACGGGAGUGCUGCGCGCCGGCAACGUGAAGCACCACAAGAAGGGCGAGACCCAGCCUCCGUCCGAGUACACCGUCACCGAUCAGGUGGUGUACAGCGUGGAGCUGGAGGAGCUGAUCGCCGACCAGUGGGAGCCGUUCACUGCCUCCGACGUGCAGCUCGAGUUUGUGCGCAUCGACCCGUUCGUGCGUACCGCCCUGAAGCCGGGACCGGGCAGCAUGUACAGCACAGAGUUCAAGGUGCCCGAUGUGUACGGCGUGUUCCAGUUCAAGCUGGAGUACCAGCGGCUGGGCUACACGCGCAUCUACAGCACCACACAGGUGUCGGUUCGUCCGCUGCUUCACACGCAGUACGAGCGCUUCAUCCCGUCGGCAUUUCCGUACUACGCCAGCGCCUUCAGCAUGAUGGUCUCCUGCUUCAUCUUCAGCUUCGUGUUCAUCCACUUCAAGGAGGAGCCGGCCAAGUCCAAGGCCGAGUGAGCAGGGAAGUCUGUGAUGACGUGCGUUCCCACUGCCUCCUAAACGGGACAAGGGCAAGUGCUGUUUCGAGUGAGCGCUUGUGAACGGGGAUAGCACAGUUGUGUUGCUUGUAUGUGAGUUUGUUCGUUUUGUCCAGGUGAGAGAUUCCGCGGAUAUGUGGUGGCUUUGUCUUUGAGGAAGAUAUUUGAUUGGGGGAGGGGUUCUGAAAUAUGCGCUUCGGGCACUUCCUGAGGAUGAGACGAUGUUUGCAACUAAAAAGCAUUUAGGCCUGUUGGCACGCUGGUUUGGACUGAUGUGCAUAUUAUCAGCUUUCGGAACAUACAUACAGUUGACAGCAUUGAAUCAACUAGUCAUUCGUAUUUCGUGGUAUGGCUAUGAAUCGAAGCACCAGUGAUGAUUUUUGAAACACCUCGAACUUGUCAUUCCAGCGCGUGUGGUACUAGAAAUAAAGAAAAUUUUACUCA